AUGGUUCAAUAUACGGUUGACCCACAAGCAUAUUUCAAGGUCAUCUUUCAUGCCGCCAAGCAUCCCCAUCUCCCCGUAAACGGAGUGCUUCUGGGCAAGGAAGAAGGCAGCACCGUCAGUAUUGUCGACGCUAUCCCACUUCUUCACCACUGGACCAGUCUGAGUCCCAUGAUGGAAAUAGGUCUGGAUCUCGCUGGACGACACGCGGAAUCUGCUGGCCUGAGCCUUGUUGGUUAUUAUCAAGCUUGUGAGCGCGUCGAGGACAAAUCGCUGGCCCCUGUCGGUGAACGCGUUGCGUCAAAGCUUCAAGAGGGGUUCAAAAACACCGUAGCUUUCGUAGUGGAUGGCGAAAAAAUGGGCUCCGAUGAAGCUGCCCUCAUACCCUUUCUCCCUCAAGGCACGAUAUGGCGACCACAAUCCGACCAAACAGCCUUCAGUGUUGGCUCGAGCUUCCAAUUCACGGCAAAGAACGUGCCACAAAAAGCCUUAGCAUUGGUCCGGGAGGAAUGGCGGCAUGAAGCUUUUGGGGAUUUUGAUGACCACUUGGAGGAUGUUACUAUAGGCAAGCUAUUCGAAACAAUUCCGCAACGCCUAACCCUCCUCCAGAUUGGCUGA